AUGCACUCCGUGCCAGUCCCGGUGCUCCCCGAGCCGAAUGGUAGCGGGUUCCGGCCUACAAAUUACCGUUACCACACAUGCGCACUUGGUAGGCAGGCGCCGCCAAGACUUUGUGGGCGUAGCCCAACCCUGCACGAAAUCGUCAAUCAUCCUGUAGAAAUCACCCAAUGUGAUGACUUUCGAAAGCAAGGGAUUCAAGAAGUAAAGCCUGGCAACUGGGUGACAGUGGCUAACAUCUCGCUCCUGUCCUGUGUGACCAUGCAGAAACAUCCAGAACACGCAUCGGAAGAUACGAAGAAUGCCAAGACGCAUGUCAAAAAGAACCCCUUUAAAAAGAAGCCCUUACCUCGUGAGGAAAAAUCUCUACAGGAAAAACUUUAUGACCUGUACAUUGAAGAAUGUGGGAAAAAACCCGAGGUAAAGGAGUUCAGAAGCAAUGAGAGCUUGCUAGAUAAGCUGCUCAGGAGAGAGGCCUUCCCAUGUCUAGUAAUCACACUCAGCCCAGAAAAUUGGGACUUUACUGUUAGGAUCAAAGACAAAGAUGGCUCCCUUUCAGAGACCAUAGCACUGACUUAUUCAAAAGAGACGAUGCUUGAGUAUUUAGAUGCAGAAGAAUUACCUCCCUUUCUGUUCAAUAUCCUGGAAAAAUCUGAGGUGAAUCUUUCUCACCAUGGCUGUGUCAUAGCAGAAAUUCGUGACUAUAGGCAGUACAGUAAUAGGGAACUAUCUGAUUACCAAAGUCGGCAUGUUCUCUUGAGACCAGCCAGGCAGACUUUAGUGGAGUCCAUGAGAAUGGGUGGCCAUUGGCAGACUCAGGAAGAGAAAUUUGAGUUCGAGAACCAGCUGAUGUUAGCAAAAGAAGAUCCACUGUGCUUUGGUCCUUCUUUCUUGGGCACCUGCUCUACCAAGAGCAAGCUAGGCAACAAGCAGACCAUGAAGAACAACUCAAGAAAAUGGAGCUUCUUAGGGUCUCCAUGGCCUUCUGUGAAUUGGCAACAGGAGCUGCCUCGAUUCACAGCUCCUCCUGAGCUCGAGGCAAAGAUUUCUUGCAGAAAACGAGCAGAAAAAAGAAAGGGAUACCCCUAUAAUACGACUAUUUCAACAACAGCGAAGUGUGUGGACACAUGGCAGCAGAAGUCCUGUGACUUAGACGCUCCUUCUCACGUGGAUGUGCAAAAAUAUGCUAAAGGGAAGCCGUCUGUCCCAUCGGGUAACUCCCAGAAAACAGACUGGCUUACUCCCGAAGUAAGAGAAAUGCUUGCAUGGAAACCCGGCUGGGAGUUGAAGAAGAUGCCACCAUUUGGUAAAACAUUUCUCCCUGAACAUAUACAGGCACCUAAAAAAUCUAAACAUGACAGCUCGAUGAGUACCUCCAGGAUCAUCUCAGGUGACUCUUCCAAUUUCAUUGUGGCCAGCUCAGAGAGCAAUGAUGGCAGAGUUGUUAGUACAUGCCACAACUCUGUCCAGACCAACCCUGCAUUCCUCGUGUCCCCCAAGACAUCACCCAAGUCCAGUGGCUCAGCUGAUCUCAGCCACGCCUACUCAGAGAAGUUCAGUUUGCCUAGCACCAAUUUCAUUGUGGCCAACUCAGAGAGCGAUGAUGGCAGAGUUGUUAGUACAUGCCACAAAUCUGUCCAGACCAACCCUGCAUUCCUCGUGUCCCCCAAGACAUCACCCAAGUCCAGUGGCUCAGCUGAUCUCAGCCACGCCUACUCAGAGAAGUUCAGUUUGCCUAGCACCAAUUUCAUUGUGGCCAACUCAGAGAGCGAUGAUGGCAGAGUUGUUAGUACAUGCCACAAAUCUGUCCAGACCAACCCUGCAUUCCUAGUGUCCCCCAAGACAUCACCCAAGUCCGGUGGCUCAGCUGAUCUCAGCCACGCCUACUCAGAGAAGUUCAGUUUGCCUAGCACCAGUUCUGUACAGAGAUACCCAAGUCCCAGCCAUUCGGAGCGGCAGCCAGCCAGCCUGGAUCAGGAAUCCAGUGCAGGGGUUGGCAGAGGAAGCCAACUGCUUCCAGAUGCCAAGCCUCCUGCAAGCUCAUCAAAAAGCAUCCAGACCACCAGGACUUCCUUCUACUCAAGCAACCUGAAAGCCAGCAAGGUAGAAGACCCAGAACAAAAGUCUUCAUCUCUGGUAAGUGGCUCUGUCAAUAGCGUGGUCUGUGCUUCUGAUGCCCUCAUUCCUGGGCAAGUCCCUCCUCCCAGUGAUUCUGUGGCCUCAACAGUUACUCAAUUGAGGCUGCAGUUUAUUGUGAAUCACAGUGCACAUCCUGUAACUGUACAGAUUCCAUCUAGUCCUGCCAUCUUGAACCCCAAGCCCAAGAUUUAUCAGUUGCUUCCACAGAAACAGUCUCUACGACCCCCAGUGCCCCAAGCUUUUGUUGAGGGAUCUAGCAGUCAGCCUGCCCCAAAGACCCAGCCAGCUGUUGUCAUUACAGUUAAGGGAUUGGGGAGUUUCCUACUGCCCCACGCAACUCUAUUGGAGCAGUCAAAAACUGGGCACAACAUUAUUUUGCAGAAUUGCCAGUCCCCUCCUCCUGCCCAGCCACAGCAGGUGCAGAACAGUAAUUCCUUGCAGAAAGUUCUCAUUUACUGUCCUCCAUGUGUUCUUGAUUUCGUCCUUUGCCAAAGGUCAAACCCUUCCCAGUUGCACAAGAUCCCCAACCCUCCAGCCACCACAAGCCUUCGAAUUUGCUGGGAAUCAAGGCAAUUGUUAACACUGACAUUCCCAGACAAGAGGGCAGCCUGCUACCUGACUGGUGAGAUCACGUACAGGUUAGCUGCCUUUUGCCAGGUGUCAGUGUUUUUCCGCAUGCUACAGUUUUGUGCGAUUUACAGCUCUCGACAGAGACGUGGAGAACUACAGAAUCUCAUUUUUAAAGUCAAAGGUGGAACAAAUUUAACUCCUGAGAACUUUUACCGAACUUCCAAUUUUGACUAUGACGACGACCAACCUCUAGUAUAUUAG